GAGACAAUGGGGUGUGUGAGUGUGUGAGAAGAGACCCCAACGCCCGCCACCUCCCCCGCGCACCUGACCUUGUGAGACACACACAGCCAUCAACCACCUCCUCUCUCGCCUCAGCCUCACCUUACUCUGCCUCACAAGACACCGGAGUAUAAUGUGAUACACAAGAGGAGGGUGUGAAGUGUGUGUGUGUGUGUGGGUUGACUACACUCAGAGAGGUGUGGCUCGUGGGUGGUGAAGAAUGGCGAGGGUGUGGCAGUGUGUGGUGGUGCUGGUGGUGGUGAGUGUGGUGUAUGGUGAUCCCCAGGACCUGGGUAGGCCUGCUGAUGACCCCAGGGGGCUGAAAUAUGGCCAGGACAUCAGCUACAAGGGUGUUCUCCGCAACAGACUAAGGCUGGACAACCGCCACAAUCAUCCAACGCACAUGAUAAUGGCAUCAAGAAUGCUGCGUCCUGGGGCAGUCUACCGGUGUGUAGUUAGCAUCUUGCAUCUUGAUUAUCCCGUUGAUGUACGAGCAUCAUUGCAGAAGGAUGGAGUGGAAAUAGCUUCAGCCAAAAAGGAUAUUAUUAAAGGGUAUCCAGAGACAUUACUCCUACAGGUUCCAAGAACAAGUGUAAAUGGGCAUUACCGUCUGCGCCUGGAGGGCAAUGUGCCUGGAACUAUCGGCGGUACAGUGUUCUUAAAUGAUACUCGUCUACAUUUCUCGACUCGCUUCCUCACCAUACUCAUCCAGACAAACCGUCCUGUGUACACUGGUGACCAGAUAGUUCGUUUUCGAAUCAUCCUCCUGACCACUGAGCUCAAGGCAUAUGAUGAUCCUGUUGAUGUGUACAUUCUGGAUCCAGAUGGGUAUGUGAUGCGUCGCUGGCCUUCUCGCCCGACCAAUGUGGGUGUGGUAUCCAUGUCCUUCACUCUUCCAUUUCUGCCCAAAGUUGGUUGGUGGGGCAUUAAAGCUCUUGUUAAUGGCCAGGAAGAAAUAAAGAGAAUUAAAGUGGACAAGUGGUACACCCCACGUUUUGAGGUGAAAUUGUUCAUGCCCAAGUAUUUUCUGGAGACUGAUGAAGCAGUCACAGGUGAAGUGGGAGGAGAAUUUGGAAAUGAUAAAGGUGCCUAUGGUAAUGCCACCUUGAAACUUUUUGUGCGUAAUAAGAACCAUAAAGACUGGAUCUUCGUAAUGCAACAAGAAUUUGUUCCACUUGAUUCAGAGGAUGAGUACAGUUUUCCUAUGGAGGAAAUUUCUAAAAAAGUUCCAGUGUUGGAUGGGUCAGAAGUUCGCGUUGAAGCGGAGAUUACAGAAACAUUUACAAUGAUAACUGAAAAGGGUUUCUCAAUGGCCAAGAUCAUCAAUUCGUCUGUCAACUGUCGCUUCUUGGGCUCUCCUCCAUAUGUGUUCAAGCCUGGAAUGCCAUUUGAAACAUCUAUUGCAGUUUCCUACCAUGACCUGCAGCCACUUGGUGUUGAAAAGCUUCACAGCUCCAAGCUAGUGGUGAAGGCUGAAGCUUUAUCAGAAUCUGGUGCUAGAAAAAUUAUCUAUAAUGUGGAGAUACCACAAGUUAAUGCAGAGGAAGAGGAAAAUGAGUUUCUUCAGGCAUCUUGGCUCUACAAUAAGAGACUGCAGGCAGUUUUGGCUAAGGAUCCCACCUACAAAGCUGAGGACUAUGAUCCUAAAAUUGGUAUUGACCCUAUUACUGGGGCACGUUAUUUGACAGAAAAUGAACUAGUGGAGAAAAAGCUGGAAGUUUUCUUAAAAAAUGAACAAUUCCAGAAAUACCGUGAAAAGGGGGUGUUCCAUAUUAAAGUGGAUGUGCCAGAUAAAACAGCAGGGAUUGCAUUAACUGCCUCAUAUCAAGAUGACACGGGCUCGGUUGCUGCAGCAAGCGCCCAAGCAAUGGCAUAUUAUUCAUCUAAGAAACAGUACAUUGGCGUGGAAACAAGCAGCAAGUCAGUUUCUGUUGGUGAAUUUGUGGUGUUUCAUGUUCGAUCCAAUUUUAACAUGGAUUCCUUCCACUACCUGAUUAUGUCAAAAGAAAUGAUAAUGUAUGCUGCGAAGGAAGUGUUGGAGAGAACCAGCCGAGCCAGCGUCAAGACAAUUUCCGUCCCCGUGAGUUCAGAGAUGGCCCCAGCAUUCAAGAUUGUUGUAUAUCAUCUCACCCACAAUAAUGAGAUUAUCUCUGAUUCACAAACUGUUCCAGUGGAUGGAAUUUCACGUCACAAGGUUAAACUGAAUAUUAACCAACACAAAGACCACAGUAUUCGCUCGGUAGAAUUGGGCACAUACAGCACACCAGGGGCCUUCUAUGGUAUAUCAGGAGUGCGAGAGUUCACCUAUGCCAUGCGAGGCGGUAAUGAGCUCUCCCAUGCAUCUGUGCUCAAUGCGCUGCAUGAAUUUGCCAACAGUACCCGAUCAAUCCACAAGAUGACCUGGCGGUACCGUGAAGGCUACCAGCCUGAAGAAGUAGAGUACUACACUGCUGGCAACUACGGCCCAGAUGCUAAUAGGACGUUUGAUUUUAGUGGAAUUGUGGUGUUCACCGAUGCCAACGUUGGUGUCAUUCCUGGUUAUGCCGAGAGCAAGUGUAAUGCGACAGAUGGUUAUUCUCGAUGUCUCAUGGGUGGCUGCUAUCCAUCUAAGAAACGUUGUGAUGGUAUUCUUGACUGCUCUGAUGGCUACGAUGAGGUCGAUUGUUUUGACCCAUUGGCAGACAGGGAACUGGAAUUCCGUGUCAAUCGUUACGCUAAAUUCUCAGACUUUUAUGAUACAGAAGACGGCGAUUGGCUUUGGCUUGAUAUAAAUAUAGGUCACAAAGGACAUGAGCAGAAUGAUAUUGAGUUGCCCAAAGUGGACGACCCGUACGUGCUUAAUGCCUUUAGUGUCAGCAAAGAAUAUGGCUUUGGCCUCAUUGAUUUCCCACAGAAGUACUCAGCGAUGCCAAUAAUGUACAUCAGCUUGGAGAUGCCCGAUUCUUGCCGACGAGGAGAGCAGAUUGGGAUGCGAAUCAUGGUAUUCAACAAUCUACCCCAGGAAAUGAUGAUUUUGUUAGUUCUGCACGGGGCUGAUACUCAUCGUUUUGUGUUGGUGGAAGAGCACGGUGUUGUUGACUUCUAUCGUCCACGCACCAAAGCUGGCGACCACCAACAUCUUGUUUCAGUUAAUGCUGAAAGCUCAAUGGAGAUAAUAUUCCCAAUAGUUGCCACCAUUGAUCAGGGAGAGAUUGAACUAACUGUGUCAGCACUUACACAAGUGGGCAAGGAUGAAGAAACAGCCACUCUAGUGGUUGAGCCUGAAGGAGCCACAAUAGACCGCCACACCUCCAUCUUACUUGACCUGAAGAACAGAGCUGUUGUUUAUGAGUACAUGGACAUCAUAGUUGAGGAAUCUUUUGUGAUACCUUUGGACAUUCGACGACGUUUUGUUGCUGGAUCGCCAAGAGGUCAUGUUUCCAUCUGUGGGGAUGUUGUUGGACCGUCCUUUCCAAAUGGGGGUCCAGUAGACUCUAUGCAGAUGUUACGGAAGGAGCUGAGAGGAACAGAACCAUCCACUUUUAACUUUGGUGCGAAUCUGUGGACCUUGCACUACCUUCGACUCACAAAUCAACUUGAUUAUGCAGAAGUUCGGGAUGUUUUCGACCAGUUGAAUGUAGAGUUGGCAGCCAUCAUAUAUAGAUUUGGUGCUGAUGGGUCCUUCAAAAUGUGGGACACUGCUGGUCCCAGUGUUUGGUUGACAGCAUGGACAACACGUAUCCUCCAACAAGCUCAGUUCCAAGACUGGGAAAACAUACUUUUCAUAGAGCCUCGGAUAAUCUCCAAGGCUAUUGAGUGGCUUGUCAAGUGGCAGAACCCUUUUACAGGAGCCUUCAGGGAAACGCCGUCAUAUGAAAAAAUACCACUCGACAAGAAGGCCAGCGGUUAUUCAUAUGGGGCUCGCGACAGAGGUCCAAAGAAUAUCACCCUGACUGCUCAGUGCCUGAUUACACUGGAGAUGACUAUAUCCUCCCUGCAGGGUCAUGUCAGAGCACAAGCUAACAGUGCACGCUCACAGGCCAUUAGGUACCUGGAAAGGGAGCUGAAGACCCUCUAUGAUCCUUAUGAAUUAGCCAUUGUGGCUUAUGCACUUUCUAAAGCUAACUCGGUGGACAAGGAAGCGGCUUUCAAUGCUUUGGAUCGUAUAAAACGAGAAGAGAAUGGACUGGUUUACUGGUCUCGAUCACCUGUGAAGGCCAAUACCCGAGUGUAUGAAAACAACCAGAGGAACUUGUUGCAGCCAAAGUAUGAAGAGGAAUGGGAUUCUCACGCCGUUGAGUCGACAUCCUAUGCCCUGCUUGUUUACCUCAUCCGUGAUGGUGUCAACAUUAUCCAGGAACGCAUUGUGGAGUGGCUUAAUGCAAUGAGGAUGCAUGAUGGAGGCUUUAUAUCAACUGUCGAUACGCUAGUAGCAAUGCAAGCCCUCACUGAGUACUCAUACCGUGCACGUUUGAGGGACAUUACAGACAUGCGCGUGACGGUUGAGGCCACGGGAGAAGCGGGCCGAGCCUCACAUCUUGUGACAAUUUCCAACACGAGUGUUUCCAAGAUGAGUUUAAUUCCAAUUCAAAAUGUCUGGGGACUGGUGAAUGUUAUGGCUCAUGGAGCUGGUCAGGCCAUACUCCAGCUGGACGUGAGUUACGGUGUUGACUGGACCCCCUUGCGGAAACAGCCCCCUGUUGAUGCAUUUGACCUGGAAGUUAGAGAGUAUUACUCAAUGUUUGGCAACAAGUCUCAUUGUACUAUACAAGUUUGUGCCAGGUGGAUUAAUGAAAAGGAGUCCGACCAGAGUUCAGCAACAGUCAUUGAAAUUGAAGUACCCACUGGCUACGUGGCUUUUCAGAUUGAACUCGAGAAGAGUAUUCGUGAUGCACAAGUCAAGAAAACAUUCCCUUCUCUGCGUGAUGUUAUUGGUGGGCAUGGAGAUGUGUUUGCCAAGAAAACUGUCUGGUUCUUUGAUUAUAUCCCUGCCAAUAGAUCGUGCUUCACCUACCAGAUGAAGCGGUGGUAUCCUGUGGCCAACUUAACUAACGUCAGAAUGGCUACGAUUUAUGAGCUUUACCAGCCUGAGCGCUUCCAAAUGGUGAUGUUUAAUUCAACAGUGAACAGCUUGGAUAUUUGUGAAGUUUGUGGUUCAUACCAGUGUCCGUAUUGCCCCAUUUACAGCUCCUCUCCAUCACUCAAUCUUCCUCCAGUGGGCGCCCUGUUGGCUGUGCUCGUCUUCAACUAUGUUAGCCAGGUGUUUCACGUCUCGAUUCCAAUAUUCAGUUUUGUAUUAAGGCGCUCUGUGUGUGAAACGUAACUACUAGCAAGAAAUUGAAACCAGUUAUUUUUAAGAGAAUAUCCACCAGUUUUCAGCCAUUAGCAAUGGGGAUUUUAUAUGGGCUAAAUUUGUGACCAGGAACCAAAUUUUUAUAUUUGCAGUGUUUAUAAAAUAAGAAUAUUGCUUUGGUGUAUUCAGCUUACCAUAUGGAAAGUUAGCUAAAGGCUCAUAAUAAUUGUCUAAACAUGGAGUCAUCAGCAAAGCCUGCCUUGGUAACACUCAAAUUUUAUAUGUUAAAAGUAAAAAAAAAAAAAUGUAUUUUCCUAUAAUUAGGCAGCUAACAUGUUUGUCUUUGCUUUGUAACUAGGCUUUUAAACAGUGUAUUUAUUGCAGUACAGACAGACAGUACACAAGUUUACCCCCAGCUGGUUAAGUGUGUACAUAAUGAAUGUGUUACACUAUCAAAGCAACAGUUUGACAACGAUGCUGUGCCAGGUGACAUGAAUGUUGCUAUGUAAUAUGUUGGUAAACAAACAGCUACUGUACAGUAUAUUACCACAUUACAUUUUCUGUAAUUUGUUACAUAACAAUAACGGACUAAUCUUUGAAAUUGUACAUUGUGUAUCAAAAUAUUUAUUAUAAAUUGAUAAAACACUGGACUAAAAUCAAGCAAGGAAUAAAUGUUUAUUUUGUUGAAUAGCUCUUCAAAAUGCACAAUAAGUAUGCCAUGCAUUUUCAUAAACCUAAUAAGAUAAAUUGUGAAUUAUUAUAGAUCAAUAAAUACAAGUGGCGAUUUCUGAUGGCUCGUAAGAGUUUACUAAAUAACUUGACAAGCAAGUUACCUGAUCGUACAGUUUUAAGUGAAGACAAAGUAGCUGCAGCUUACCACAGUACUGUACUAUAUCACGCUGUACAUAAGCUUUACUACAGUACUUGCUGUGUGUACAAAGUUACUGCAUUUACAAAUAAAUUAAUUUGAUCAUAGAAAUAUUCAGUUGCAAUACAUAAUACUGUAUAUUAAUGAAAGAAAUAUGUUGAAUGUGUUCGGAUAAUUGACUUAGAUCUGUGCAGGCAACUAUAUUCCCUGUAGGAAUUUUCAGACUUCAGGCAAUGUAUACUUACAAUGAAAGAUAAUAAACAGUUUAUUAAAUCAGGAUGAGAUGUAUCUGUCCAGCAAGAAAUGCUCCUGGGGGGAUUUAGCAGAGGAGUGUUAUCAUUGGCAGCUUUUAUUUAACAGUGCACAAGUAGAAGUUACAGGUUGCAGCUGGAAGUGCAGUUGAAAUCAUACCAUAUAAGUUGAGGACAGGAGGCCAUGAUGCCACCCACAACAGUUGACUAACUUUCAGGUACCUGUACCUAUUUCUUACUAGGUGAACAGAGGCAUUAGGUCAAAGGAAACAUACCCAGUCAUUUCUGUCCUACUCGGUAAUCGAACUCGGGAUCUGCGAGUGAGUUAAGAAGACCACUAAAAUACUCGGAAAAAGGGAAAGAGCCGAGGUAUAUUUCAUAUACAUACGUAGAGUGAGAAAUAGUGGUAGAUUAUGGUAAUACGUACGCGUGAAAGUAAUGCAAGUGAUGUAGAUGUGUAUUUUGUAGGUUAUGUUGAUAUCAUAAGGAAUGACCCCAAAAAUGUUUUAUUGAUAGGAUUAGCAGUUUUAUAUAAUACAUUGGGUUGCUGGUACACUUUCAGCAGGUAUAUACAGUAUAUGGAAAUCAGUCUGAAGUAUGGUAAUCUCUCCUCUUUUUUUUUUUCCCCCCUGGUAUGAUGAGGUAUAACCCAUGAGGAAAACCAUUUCCAUUCUCACCCCACUCCUCAGUAAUAUUGCAUAUUGUGAUCUCUUGAGGUUAGACUCAGUUUUUUACCCUUAAGUAAUGGCUAAUUAUAUUUAAUUUUGCUAAAGAUAAUCUUCAUCAUGAUUAACAUCAUUUCAUUUUGUAAUUUACCCGGUAUGUGCCACAGUUUAAAUACCAAAGUGAUCGUUAGUUCUGUUCAGAAGGCGCGGGAAAUCUGUCAGUGCCACUUUAUUUCCUAUUGUGACUGGAAGGUACUAUGCCCUUCAGCUCCUGAGAAUCCUGCCAUUGUAUAAUAAUGAUCUUUAUCUGCUACAUAAUAUUAACCAACACAUGACAAGGCCUACAUAAAGUUAGAUAAUGAUGACCACCUUUACUUUUUUCUUUGAGUUAUUAUUUCACUUAUUUGUUAAUUGCUUGAGGGAAACUGAAAAGCAUCCCAUGAUGGUGUCCAAAAGUUUAUUCACCAAGUUGGUACGAAUAAAAAUAUAGUUGUUUAUUACUCUUGUAUGAAGAUCUACACUUCAUGUGACACAGUGAAGAGUCACUGGAUAACUUGACUGUAAUAUGUGCUGAGUAGUUAUUCUGUACGUGGGGCACAUGGUUUUGUUUUUAUCUAACUCUUCCGAGAUUUCUGUGAAGAUAUGACCAGUCUCGUGUCAACAAACACUAAGCUUUGUAAAUAGAUUAGCCCAUGCAAGGAAAAAGAGGAGUCUUAAUUUGUUGUGUUUCCAUUUAUAAAUAGGCUUCAUUUAAAUUUUAUUUGAUUGUUUACUUAUAUUUUAUUUAGCAUUCAAGUUUAGAAUUAGUGUAUAGUAUAAAGUUAACAUGUGUUCAACCUUCACGUGUGGCCAGAUUAUUUACUGGGGUCAGGCUCCACUGUCAGUUUCUCACUGAAAUUGUUACAAUAUACCACCCAUCAAGUUUUUACCCGAAUUAACCUAUCAUUCAUUCAGUCAUGCUAUGACUGAAUUGAUUUUAUUUUCAGUCAGUUCUUGAAGACUUACCAUCUGCAGUGAUAUGUGGGAUAAGAUCUAUUUAAUUCAAUUUCUGAAAAUGUUUUGCAUAGAUGCAUCUAGAUUUUGAAUCUCCCACCACCUCUGGUGGCUGUUUUUAUCCAUGUUUUAUCUCAUGGAACAAAAAUCAAUCUAAUCAAUUGUUAAUGGUAGUUUAUUGAAACAAAAAACAAUCAAUCAUAUCGCUGUCAGCAUUAACAUGAUAAUUAAGCUGAUUUGUAUAUUGAUAUUUGUGUAAGGAUUAUAUGAUUAGGAGAGUCACACACACUGCUGCUGAGCUAUUUCAUAGGAGAGCUCCCCAAGGUAAACAUCCAGCAAGCCAGAGAUAUGAUUCAUGAGCAGUCAGGUAAGGCUGCAUUCAGGUGCUGAUGCCAUGUACCUUUUCAAAUGUCCUUUACAAGUUUAUAUAAGGGUACACAGGGGAAAAGCUCAAUCCAAUUCAGAAUAUGUUGCAGGUACUUCCCACAAGAUCCAAGCUUAGGUGAAAGUCUGCCACCGACCAAGCAUUCUACCAAGAAUUAUUUUCCUCAAAGAUACAAGCAAGGAGGGGGGGAAGGGGUAUGAUGCUCCACUAGUGUUUGUCCAAAGAUAUUCAUUGUGUGGUGGUAGGUAAUCUUCCUCCACUGCCACCUCCUGGACUGAUGGUGGUGCUGGUUCCUUUGUUUCCCAGACUCUCUGAGUGAAGGUUCCUUUAGGAUAGCAGUGCUCAACUGGUGAGUACUUGCCCCUUUUUUGUUCCUUAUUUUCUUGUUGUGCUUUUCUAAGUAUUUGUAUUCAAUUGUUACCUUCAGAAGCAACUGAAUGUUAUAGCUCAGAUGUCAGGUUAAGAGUCAUUUUGACAAUUUUUUUUCUUAGCAGAGACAUCUAGUUGCUCCUGGACUUACCUGUUCACUCUUGUGGGCAGAUUUAGUAUUUGUUGGGAAACAAUGUGCUGCCACCUGUCAGUGGGUGGCUGGUUAGACUAGGCAAGUGAUGCUUUGAAGCCACACUUUAUCACUGUUGGAUAUAAUGGGUUGGACAGUCUUUCUACAGUGCCUCCAUAGUGGAGGCAAUGUAGAACCUGCAUUAUAUGAACCUGCACUGACAUUUGAAAUAAUCUGUGGUGCUGGUGCCAAAUAUAGUUUUGUUUGACUUGAUGAAUUUUAUCGGUAGCACAGCAUUUUAUUCUAGGGAUCAGUCGAUUACUCAGAAAGGAGCUUUACAUAUUUUGACUCGGAGCCUAAUUGUUCCAUUUAUUUGUAUGCAGUUUAAGGCACAUAUUCCUACUGAAUAAAAAAGUGCUUUAUUUGAUAUUUUUAACCUUGUUGUGUUAAUAAAAUUUAGCAAUAAAUCUGUUCAUAGUUGAUACAAGUGAUGGUUCUGAUGCAGUGAGUGGGUUCAGUUAUGAUUAGUACGGUGUUGUACUUAAACGUUUUACAGUUGUAGCUUAGUUUAGUCUUUUAUAAAGUAACAAGAUUGUCAUAAAUAUUAGUUAUUAUUAAAGUGAAAAUGGUUUGGUGCUGCUGUGUUUUAAAUUUAGUUUUUUACAUUCCAUAUUUUGUUUUUAUAAUUCUAUCUGUAAUGUUCAGUAAUUUCCCACAUUCAAUCUGUAAUCCUUUAUAAUCCAUAUAUUUGAGAAUGCAGGUGUUGUUACAAAUUAUAAUAUUGUCUGUCUUGUGGUAGGCAUGGUGGUGAUCCAGCCUCAUGGUUGGCUGUGUAUGUAGAUUCUUUCAUUUGUAAAUAUGUUUAUACACACCUUAAGGAAAUAAUUGACACGUGCUAUUCCUACAUAUAAUGAACACAAUAUCAUCAUGCAGGCUAGAAUCAAAUUGUCACAGGUUGGAUGUUUGCUAUGCCUGUUAUAUAAUGUGUAAUUGUUAAAUACUGUAGUUUCAAUUGAUGAAGGUGAUGUAAGUCACGAGAAAUAUUGAUCAUACGUUAUUGUGAUGUAAUUUUUACUGUGAUACAAUGUACCACAUAUCAAGAUGCAAUAAAGUAUUGAGUGUGGGAA